UCGAUUUAGUAUAGAAUUAGACGUCGAAUAGCGUGUUGUAAUUUUUUUUUAAUCAAAGUUUGUUUUUUUUUGAUGGGGACGUUUUCCCUCAAAUCUCCCCUCCUGUUGGUCCUGCUGGCCCUUCUCCUGCCGGACCAUCAGAUUGAGGGUGUAACAGUACCGAAGUUCCUGCAAAACAAAUAUGGCACGAAAACAACGUCCGCUUAUACGGGAUCUACCAAUUCCCAUACCAAAACUCACACGAAAACUCACACGAAAACAAGCACGAAAACUCACCUGCCACCCAAGGACCCAUCGCCUACUUCGUCAUCCAAAUAUCCGGGCGGUUGUAAUUCGAUGCCGAGUCCGAUGAACGCGAAGGUCAGGUGUUCGACCUAUUCAGGUUGCAGGGCGGAAUGCGUACCGGACCAUCAAUUUCCCGACGGAAAACCAAACAUGAAAUUCACCUGCCUCGAUGGCAAAUGGUACGAUUCCGAACGUAAAUUCGAAUCGGUACCCAAUUGCGAACCGAUUUGCAUGCCGCCCUGCCAGAACAACGGCAUCUGCCUGUCGCCCAAUCAGUGCCAUUGCCCCGACAACUUUUCCGGUCCUCAAUGUCAAUUCGAGAACAAACCCUGCAUCAACUAUCCCCCCAUGCCGGUCAAUUCGAAGCGACGCUGCAGUUCCAAGAAAUGCACCAUCACCUGCGCCAAAGGGUACGAAUUCUCCGAUGGUUCUCAGAUAGCGACGCUCGAUUGCAAAAACGGCCAAUGGGUACCCACGCAGGACAAAUGGGUGUCGGUACCGGACUGUCAACCCACCUGCGAUCCGCCAUGUCAAAACGGCGGCAAUUGUUUGUCGUUCAACGUCUGUCAAUGUCCGCAAGACUUCAGAGGACCCCAAUGUCAAUACAGCGCUGACGCUUGCUCGCCGAAAGACCUAGGCUUCAACGGAGGCUACAAUUGCAGCGGCGACGCCCUGUCCUUCUCCUGUUCGGUAAACUGUCCGCCGGGCAUCGAAUUCGAAUUCCCGCCGGAAUCGAUCUACACCUGCACCUACGAAUUGGGCAUGUUCCUGCCGAUGCCAGUACCCAACUGCAUGUACCCGGAAUUCGCCGACAUCUCCUUCCAGGAGGGCGGCUCCGAGUCGAUGUUCGUCACGAACGAGACCCAUUCCAGCCAUUCCGACUCGCUGGUCCAUCGCGAGGAGGAAAUCGUGGAGGAAUCGAUCAGCAAGGACCACGUCCAAGGCUCCCAAGCCGGCGUCGAACAUCACAGGACCGUCGAGGAACGGCUGCCCAAGCCGGGCGCUUGCUUCCAUUGGGGCGGUUCACACUACAAGACCUUCGAUAACAGAGUUUACAGCUUCAAUUCCCAAUGCGCUGGAGUGUUGGUGCGCGAUUCCAAAGACGGUACCUUUUCGAUCAUCACCCGUAACGCCGAGGCGUGCGGUACCGAUCCGGAGUACUGCCACAAGGUGAUCCAGGUCUACUUGCAGGACACGAGUUACGUCCUGGACGUGUCCAAGGACGGGAUAUUCACGUUCAAAUCCGCCAAUAAAACCCUACCGAUUCCCGGAAGAGUACCGGGAGUGAGAACGGAGAUGAUGGCCAGUUAUUUGAAGGUAUCGUUGGAUACUGUUGGAGUAGAGAUGGUGUGGGAUGGAAAGCUUUUGGUGCAAGUUUACGUGAAGGAGAGCCUGUGGAACAGGACGGAAGGUUUGUGUGGUGUCUUGGAUGGUGAUGCUAAAACAGAUUUGAUCACGCCCGAUGGAGCAGCCCCAAGGAAUGUGCUUACAUUGGCCAGUUCCUGGAAAGUAGAUACCUCAGGUGACACUUGCGACAACGCUCCGACAGAAGAUUUACGUUGCACUACCAACACCAGAAGCUCCGGAAACGCCACGGAAUUUUGCAACAAGCUGGUUUCAGAUCAGAAAUUUAAACUCUGCCAAAACGUUCUGGACAUAACGUCUUUACAUGAUGCCUGUCUAUCGGACUUCUGCAACUGCCAAGGCAACGAUCCCACUUUCUGCGCCUGCCAGACCUUUGAAGUGUACGUCAAGCAUUGCUCGCUCUUCGGCGUCAAAAGCCUGACUAACUGGAGAGACGAGGACACUUGUCCGAUGCCUUGUACCAACGGCAAAGUGUACAAAUCCUGCGGAUCGGCCACCAGACAACCCAGUUGCGGAGACUUAUCCGAGGGUACCACCGCGAUAGAUGCAGGUUGCGUCGAAGGUUGCUUCUGUCCCGAAGGUACCGUUUUGCACGAAGACAAGUGCAUCACCAAGGACAAGUGUCCUUGCAUGUUGAGAGGAAAGAGCUUUCGGGCCGGAGCCUCGGUACGCAAAGACUGCAACACCUGCACCUGCGGAGAAGGCAAAUGGACCUGUACUCAGGUGGAUUGUGGAGCCCGUUGUUCGGCCAUAGGAGAUCCCCAUUACGUCACCUUCGACGGAAAGAAGUUCGACUUCAUGGGAAAGUGUUCGUACUACCUGGUGAAGACCGGCAACUUCUCCAUCGAAGCGGAGAACAUCCCCUGCUCGGGCGCCGUAUCCCAAGCUAUGAACUUCCCCAGCAGCCUAUUGACGGGCAUGCCGACCUGCACCAAGACCUUGACCAUCCGGAUCAACGGCCAAGUGGUCAAGUUGAAGCAGAACCUCCAGCUGGUGGUCAACGGUGAAGAGGUCACGCGAGUACCGUUCAGCGUGUCCGGCAUCAAAAUCAAACAGGUUUCGUCCCUUUUCCUGCUGACCAAACUUCCUAACGGAGUGUCCGUUUGGUGGGACGGUGCCAGCAGGGCCUACAUCGAUCUCCCCGCCAAAUUCCCGGAAACCACCAAGGGUUUGUGCGGUUCCUUCAAUAACAAUCAAAAAGACGAUUUCCUAACGCCCCAAGAUGACAUCGAGCAAUCGGUGAUUCCGUUCGCAAACAAAUGGAAAACUUCCGAACAUUGUCCGGAUCUGCCCGAGGCAGUACCGACGCAUCCGUGCGACAAGAACAUCCACAAGAAAUCCCAGGCCGAAGAGUACUGCUCCAAAAUCAAAACGGACCUGUUCAAAGAGUGCCACUUCUUCGUCGAUCCGGACCAAUUCUAUCAAGACUGUAUGUUCGACAUGUGCUCCUGCGAAUUACCGGCUUCGAAAUGCCUGUGUCCCAUCAUCGCCAGCUACGCCACCGCGUGCUCCAGGCAAGGCAUCAAAAUCGACUGGAGAGGAGAGAUCCGAGAGUGCGGCGUCCAUUGCAAGGGCGGCCAGAAGUACCAGGUGUGCGGCAACCCGUGCACCACGUCCUGCAGGGACAUCUCCAACGAGCCCGACUGCAAGCCCUCCUGCGUGGAAGGUUGCAACUGUCCCGAAGGCAUGACGCUCGACGAUAACGGGGAGUGCAUCCCGAUAGGGGAGUGCAAAUGCUCCUACAGAGGUACCGAUUUCCCCGCCGGUUAUAAGGAAAUCCGACCGGCUCCGAAGCAUGUACAAUUAUGUAUGUGCUCCAACGCCGCUUGGGAAUGUUACGAAGCGACUCAAGAGGAGCAAAAGCUCUAUCCCAAUUCCGAAUUGACUCAAAACAAAUGUAACGGUACCGCCAAUAUGGAGUUCACCACUUGCGAACCAGUGGAACCCAUUACUUGCAAGAACAUGGAUUCGCCUGAAUUGUACUCGCCGGCCGUUUGCCACGCAGGUUGCAAAUGCAAACCCGGGUACGUACUCGACACGUCGACCAAAACGUGCGUACUACCUACCCAAUGUCCCUGUCACCACGCCAACAAGAGCUACAAAGAGAACUCCGUCGUCCAAAGCGGUUGCAAUACCUGUACCUGCAAACACGGCAAAUGGUCGUGUACGGAUCGCCAAUGCGCCGGCGAAUGUAGCGCCUGGGGCGAUUCCCAUUACAAAACCUUCGACGGCAAACGGUACGACUAUCAGGGCGAGUGCGACUACGUACUGUCCAAAGGAACCCUCGGCACCGAUUCGUACCACAUAACUGUUCAGAACGUUCCGUGCGGUUCCCUCGGCACGGCCUGCUUCAAAUCCGUCACCAUCAAAGUAACGUCCGGCGGUGGUACCGAUUUGCUCAGCUUGGAAAAGGACAAACUUUUACCCGGACUUAAGGCCUACAAGCACGUCACUGUGCGCGAAAAGAGCCGAUUCGUCAUCGUCGAAGCACCGGAACUCGGUUUGGUACUACAUUGGGACAAAGGUACUAGAGUGUACGUUAGAUUGAAUCCGAAAUGGAAAGAUAGGACAAUAGGUUUGUGCGGCAAUUACAACGACAACGAAAUGGACGAUUUCCAAACGCCUUCCGGCGGUUUGGCGGAAGUAUCGCCUAACAUCUUCGGUGACUCCUGGAGGUUGCAGCCUUACUGUACGCAGGCUCUGGAAAUCGAAGAUACCUGCGCAUCGCGACCGGACCGCAAAACGUGGUCGAUCAAGCAGUGCAGCAUACUGAAAUCCCCCACGUUCGCCGCCUGCCACUACGAAGUACCGGUCGAGUACUACUUCGACAAGUGCGUGUUCGACAGCUGCGCCUGCGAUCAAGGCGGCGACUGCGAGUGCAUGUGCACCGCGGUGGCGGCUUACGCGCAGGAAUGCAACAACAGAGGCGUCGCCGUCAAAUGGAGGACGCCGGAAUUUUGCCCCAUGCAAUGCGACGAAACCUGCACCAGUUACAGCCCGUGCGUGUCGACCUGUCCGGAAGAAACCUGCGAUAACAUGUUGGUGAACAAGCAGUACUCCAAAACCUGCGGCGAGGACGUGUGCAUAGAAGGCUGCGCCCCCAAGUCCUGCCCGCCGGGGCAGGUGUACAGUAACGGCACGCACUCCGAGUGCGUACCGAAAGAGAAAUGCCGACCGGUUUGCAUGGUGGUACUGGACAAGACGUACUACGAGGGCGACCUCAUGGAAGAGGACGAUUGCCACAGUUGUUACUGCUCCAGGCAGGAGAAGAAAUGCCGCGGUGAACCGUGCACCACCACGGAAGUACCGACGACGCCGUUCCAACAGGAACAAUACGUUCAAUGCGAACAAGGCUGGACAAAAUGGAUCAACCAAGAUCGACCGGUAGAUGUGAACCAACUGAGAGUCGAGGAAAUCGAACGUAUUCCUUCAUCUGUAGUACUGCUCAACCUGAACAACUCUGCCAAAUGUAGCCCGGAUAUGAUGACAUCCAUCGAAUGUCGUACCGUCAAAGAUCACGUUCCAGCCAAAGAUACUGGAUUAGAUGUGGAAUGUUCUCUGGAGCGAGGCCUCAUUUGCAAAUCCGACGCCAAACGAUGUCCUGAUUUCGAAAUUAGAUUACACUGCGAUUGCGGUGAAACGACAACACCGGAACCCGAAUGGACUACAUUCGCACCGAUUUGCAACGUCGGAGAAAGCAAGCCCGACAAGAUAGAUUGCUCCAAGUACUACCUAUGCGUCUUCGACCAAUCCGAGAUCAAAUGGAUAGAGAAAACUUGUAAUGAACACACCAUGUACAAUCCAAAGAGUAAGAUGUGCGACAAACCUGAUGUGGUAGUACCGUUAAGGCCUGCUUGCGGUACUCCCACCACUCCUUACGAACCGACCACCGCGUGGGAAUUGAUCACUACUCAAGCUCCUGGAUGCAUUGCCGGCGAUAAACGAGAAGACUACGAGGAUUGCACUAGGUACUCCGUGUGUGUCGCUGAUAAGUUCGGGUACCGUUGGAUCGAAGAGGUUUGUUCCGGCGGUUACAUGUACAAUCCGGUAAAGAGAACUUGCGAUUAUCCAAAGGAAGUCAACAAAGUCAGACCUAUGUGUAAGAGUACCACCACAACAGAGAGUUAUGAAACAACCACGGAAGUGUGGGAAUCCGCAGAGGCCACUAACGAAACGAUUCCACUUUGCGCCCCCGGACUAGUAUACGACGCGUGCGCCAUCCAAUGCGACAAGCUCUGCAUGCACUACCAGUACGUGGUGAGGCAGAAGGGACGGUGCAAAGGUAGUACCGUAAAGUGCGAGGCCGGUUGCGUGUCGGCCUCCAAGCAAAAAUCCUGCCCAGCCGGUCAGGUGUGGCUCAACGAAAAAACCUGCGCCUCCGUCGAAUCCUGCAUGUGCGUCUCGGAGGACGGUACUCCCGUCAAACCGGGCCAGGUCGUCGAGAAGCCGGGCUGCAAAAAAUGCCAAUGCAUCGACAACUCGUACACUUGUCAUCAAGAUACCUGCACCACUCGAGUGGUACUACCCACCGAAGUCGACCAAGACACCACAUCCACCACCAGAAUCAUCGAAACGUCACCGACGGAAGAAUCUACUCCCGGUGCUACCAAUGCUACCACAAACGCUACCUCGAGAAGUACCAAGAAGGUGUUGUCGACGGAAAGCGAGGAACCUAGAGAAAGAACCACAUCCACCACCAGAAUCAACGAAACAUCGCCGACUGAAGAAUCUACUCCCGGUGUUACCAAUGCUACUACAAAUGCUACCUCGAGAAGUACCAAGAAGGUGUUGUCGACGGAAAGCGAGGAACCUAGAGAAGAAACCACAUCCACCACCAGAAUCAACGAAACAUCACCGACUGAAGAAUCUACUCCCGGUGUUACCAAUGCUACUACAAAUGCUACCUCGAGAAGUACCAAGAGGGUGUUGUCGACGGAAAGCGAGGAACCAAGAAAAGAAACCACAUCCACCACAAGAAUCAACGAAACAUCACCGACGGAAGAAUCUACUCCCGGUACCACCAAUGCCACGAGAAGCACCACCAAGAGGGUGUUAUCGACGGAAAGCGAGGAACCUGAAGAGGUGACGGAGCAUUUCGAGCACAAAACGGCUGCUACUGAUAGCGCAGCCGUCGGUACUGUCACCAUGAAGCAUCACUCGUUCGCCACGCCUACCGUCACGCCGCCACCCACAUGUACCGAAGACAGGUUUAUUCCGUUAAUCCAAGGAGACGUACCGCUGCCGGACGAAGCCUUCAACGCCAGUAGCGUCAAAGAGGACAUAUUUGCUCCGCACCACGCCAGGUUCUCGACAGAAAUCAGCGAAGAAUCAGGUGGUAGUUGGGCGCCAAAGUACCAGAACCAUCAGCAGUACCUAGAAAUCGAUUUGGGAAAGCAAGAACCCGUAUACGGUGUCAUAGUUAGAGGUAGUCCGUUGUUCGACGAGUACGUCACCAGUUACAGGGUACAAUACAGUCCCGACGGACGAACGUACUACUACGUACUCGACAAGAAGAGGAAAAGACCUAUAGUUUUUAGAGGAUCCACCGAUUCGACUACGGAGGUUAAGCAGUACUUCGACGAAGGUGUCGAAGCCAGAAAAAUUCGAAUCAAACCAAAGUCUUGGAACAACGGGAUAUCAUUGCAAGUUGAACUAUUGGGUUGUUCCGACGUCACCUCAACAACGACCUCUACAUUCAGUAGUACCACUCACAUCGUGGUCCAUACCACGCCUUCGCCGAUGUUCUGCGACGACCCAAUGGGUAUAGAAGAUGGUACCAUGGCUCACUCGCAAAUAUCUGUCAGUUCUUCGAUUGAUAGUAAACACGGAAAGCAGCACUUAAAACUCAACGAUCAUUCGGCAUGGCAACCUGUCACCAAUUCGCCGACCGAAUGGAUACUCUUCGAUUUCCUGGAGCCACGCGACAUAACCGGUUUGGUGGUGAAAGGCGGUCCGGACGGUUGGGUGGAGAACUUCCUGGUGGAGUACUCCAACGACGCAACCGAAUGGAGUACCGUCAUGUACGGCAAGAAAGAAAAGAUCUUCGCCGGUAACUACAAUUCCAAUUUGCCGCAAACGAACAAUUUCGAAUUGCCGAUUAGGACUCGGUACUUAAAGGUGGUACCGAAGAAAUGGCACAGUACCAUUCAAAUGCGCGUCGAAAUUCACGGAUGUUACCAACCGUACCCUACCGUUACCGAAGUACCUACUACUGUAACUCCGGAAGAUUUAGCUUGCAACGUUUGUCCAGGAGUCGAUGAAAAGAGUUCUUUGGAAAUGGACGUCUGCAGGUGCUUGCCGCACAAAUGGUGGAGCGGUACUAACUGCGUCGACAGACCACAAUGUCCUUGUACCGUUGGAUACAUAAAGUACCCCGUUGGAGGAGUGUUCGAGAAAGAAGAUUGCUCUGAAUGUGUUUGUAAAAUCGGUGGAGUACCGUUCUGCAAACCAAAGUCAUGUCCAAGUUGUCCCACGGGUCUGAAGAGCACGGUAACGGCCACUUGCGCCUGCACCUGCCAACCUUGCCCGGAAGGUACCACCCUAUGCCCGACCAGCAACGUUUGCAUCAAUUCGACCUUGUGGUGCAACGGCAUCGAGGACUGUCCGGACGACGAAGUCGACUGUGCCACGACCACCGAAAGUCCCAGUACCACCGAACGUCCCACUACGACCGAAAGUGUCAGUACCACCGUCAUUACUACCACAUCGGAACGACGCCCAAUCACCCCCGCCGAAAUCAGAUCAACCGCCAACCCUCAGCACAAACCAAACAUAUGUAAGGAAAUCGUCUGCGGUCCCGGAUUCGACAAGGUACUAAAGAAGAAGAAGACAAACGGCAAGAAAUCAGGAAGGAAGCAGUACACCUCGCAAAUGCUAAGGAAGACGACCAAAACCUCAAGUACCAAGACCAGGUACUCUGGCUCUAAAGGAGGUCGAAGAAAAACCGCCGCCACCAAUGAAAAAUACCACUUGGCCACGCCAUCGCCGGCCCUCAGGUCGUACCCCAGACUAUCCGCCACCGUUCCAUGCGAUGAGUACGUGUGCGUACCGAAAUUCCCCGAAUUCAACAACUCCCAGGAGGCGAUCGAAUACUGCGCACCGUUGAUCUGCGAAGGCAAUCAAAUCGUCGUUUUGGACGAGGUCAGCUACGACGGCAAAUGCCAGGAGUUCCAUUGCGAAGUACCGCCCCAACCGGACGCCGUCUGUACGGUCGUCGGCAGUAACUUCCGUACCUUCGAUCACGUCUCGUACAAUUACGAGAUUUGCAAUCACGUGUUGGUCAGGGAUCUGGAUCACGACGAUUGGGAGAUAUCGCUGCAAAAAACCUGCAAGAAGACCUGUUCCCGCGAACUGGUCAUCAAGCACGACUGGCAAUCGUUCGUCCUCCAUACGGACUUUACCGUGGAGUACAACGGCUACACCUACACCUUAGCUCAGGCCGUCAGGCUGUCCGAACUCCAGGAGGACUUCUCCAUAGCCUCCGUCGGGCGAACGUUGCUCUUCACCUCGUCCAAAUACGGUUUUUGGGUCAUUUGGACGCAACACGGCAACGCCAAGAUCGGCGUCGACCAGCAACUCAUCGAGAAGGUUGACGGUUUGUGCGGGUACUUCGACGGCGAGAAAGAUGGCGACAAACGUAAACCGGACGGUAGUGUGAGCAAGACGACGUCGGAAUUCGGCGACAGUUGGGCCCUAUCCGAAUUCCAACAUUCCAUUUGCGAAGCCAAAGCCUGCUCGGCCGACAUGCAAAAUAAAGCCUGGGAAAUGUGCAACAAAGUCAAGGAGGAAUCGCUGCAGAAGUGCAGCCGAACCGUCGACGUCGAAGCCUUCGUCUCCCGUUGCUUGGAGACCGCCUGCACCUGCUUACAAGAAUCCGGCAAAAACGACACAGCCAGCGAAACCUGCAAAUGCCAGGCUCUGCAAUCCUUCGUCGAGGAAUGCCUAUCCACCGACCCAUCCAUAGACCUAUCCAAUUGGAGGAUCGAGCAAAACUGCCCUGCUCCCUGUGAGGCUCCCUUGAUCUACAACGAUUGCUACCAAAGGCGGUGCGAGCAGGACUGCAGCAACUUCGCCGAUCCAGGCGCUUGUCCCAAGGUCCAGGACGUCUGCUUCUCGGGCUGCUACUGCCCGGCCGGGUACGUGCGCGAAGGCGACGACUGCGUACCGCCGUCGAGCUGCAGGAACUGCGAGUGCACCCUGCUGCCCAGGCUCACCUACUUCGCCUACGACUCGAGCAACUUCACCGUCGCCGGGAAUUGCGUCUACGUCAUGUCCAGGGACGUACUGACCGAGGCCAAUCAGCAGCACAAGUUCCAGGUGCUGGUGACCAAUCAGGAUUGCUCGGCCUCCGCCGGGAAAUCGCCUUCGAAGAACCACCACCAGCCCUCCAAGAACCAUCACGACAACGGGAAAAUGUGCGUGGGUAAAAUAACGGUACUAUACGGCAAACACAAGAUCCAUAUCGUCAAGGACGCCGCGAGAGGUACUCUCAAGAUGAUCUACGACGGCGAAAGGGUGGAUGAUUACCAAGAAAUCGCCGACGUGGUCAAAGUCGACGUGACCUCCAGAGGAGACCUGACGGUACUGCUCAAGGAGAUCCAGGUGUCGGUGAGAGUGUCGUACCCCAACAUGGGAGUCAGCGUGAAAGUACCGUCGUACACUUUCGGCGGUAAAAUGGAAGGUAUCUGCGGCGAUUGCAACGGAAUCGAAGACGAUUUCAAGACGCCCACCGGCCAGAAGCCUAAGGACGAAACCGACUUCGGUCUCAGUUGGCUCUACGAGAACCUACCGGGCGGCCAGAGUCGCGAGCAAUGCGAAGAACCCAAGGAACCCGAGGAGAAAUGCCGUACCGUACCGGGCCAACCUGAUCCUUGCGUGCAACUCCUCGACGAGAACAAAUUCGGCCAAUGCUCCAACCUGGUUGAUCCCGCCAUGUACCUGGAAUGGUGUCGCAAGGACACCUGCCAAGGCGAUUUGACCGAAUCCUGCGAAGCCUUAGAAGCCUACGCCAAGGAGUGCGCCCUGAACGGUUUCUGCGUCAACUGGAGGAACGACUUGUGUCCGGCGCCUUCCUGUCCGCCGGGCACCGUCUACUCGGCCUGCGGACCGGCCCAUCCGAAGACCUGCGAUAAUCUCAACCAACCGACCAAGAACCCGACCAAGAACCCGAUCAGAAAUCGGCCGGUCGAAGGGUGCUUCUGUCCGGCGGGCAAGGUACUGCUCAACGAAACCUGCGUAGAGCCCAGGGAGUGCGUCACCUGCGACCUGGCAGGUCACCAUCCGGGCGACGUCUGGACCAAGGACAAAUGCACCACGUGCAAAUGCGACCACAAGACCUUGGUGUGCGAGAACCAACAGUGCCCCGAUCCUUCCAGCAUCUGCGAAAGAGGGUACGUCGCCGUCAAAGUACCCACCCCCGAAGACGAAUGUUGCGACAAAUACUCCUGCGUACCGGAACCAACGUCGACGCCGACCUGCGAACCGCCCCAGAACCUCCAAUGCGCCGCCGAUCAAGUACUCAAGCUGACGACCAAGUCGGACGGUUGCGCGGCCUUCGUCUGCGAAUGCAAACCGCCGGAAGCCUGCGAACGAAUCGAUCUGUCAUCGGUGAGUACCAAGCCGGGGUACGUCAAGGAAAUCUCGACCAGCAGCUGUUGUCCGACGGUGAACGUCGUCUGCAAGAAGGAGACGUGUCCGCCGCCCCCGCAAUGCCCGCAAUUCCAUUUGCUGCGUAAGAAGCCGGAGGAGAAGGAGGACUGCUGUCCGCGGUACGACUGCGAACCGCCCCAAAAGUGCGUCGUAGUCACCGAGUACACAGCCGCCCCCGAAGGCGGCGAAAGACCUUUGAUCGACCUGGAGCGCCAGAAGAUGCUCAAAGAGGUCAACGAAACCUGGACGGACGGGCCUUGCAGAAGCUGCCAAUGUAGUACCGCCGAACCCGGUACUUACGUGGCGUCUUGCUCGAAAACCACGUGCCCGGACGUGAGGAAGGAAUCCGAUUGGGACGAUUACGAACUGGUCGAGAAAAAAACCUACGGGGAGUGUUGCCCGAAAUUCAUACGUACCGCCUGCAAGUACCACGACAAGGUGUACCGAGUGGGCGAGGUUUGGUACAAAGAGAACGACUACUGCACGUCGUUUAAGUGCGCCCUGGGCGACAACGGAGUCGUUCAAAAGGAGACGCACGUGAAGAGCUGCGAGACCGCCUGCGACGUAGGCUUCACCUACGUGGAGCCUGCGAAGGAUUCCAAGGAGUGCUGCGGCUACUGCAAGCAGGUAGCCUGCUUGGUGGACGGCGAAACUUUCGCCAUAGGUAAAGCCUGGACGUCUCCGGACUUUUGUACCGAAUACGUUUGUACCGAUGCUGAAGGCUCAAUACAAGUGAAAUCGACGACCCAGCACUGUCCUAAAAUCCCCGAAGAAAACCUGAGGAAUUUCGUGAUCGAAACGGUACCGCAACCGCGCCAAUGUUGUCCCAAGCACGUAAUGAAAGCCUGCAAAGUACACGACCGAGUCGUCGAGGUAGGCGACACCUGGGUACCGCCGGAGGAUCCGUGCAAACUGUACAAGUGCCUCGACAAAGGCGACAACGAGCUGAGCGUCCAAGAGACCAUCAAAACCUGCAAGACCCAAUGCGGCAUCGGCUGGUCGUACCGCCGCGCCGACGGGCAAUGUUGCGGCGAAUGCGUCCAAGUAGCCUGCGUAAUCGAAGGCGACAUCUGGAACGAGGGCCAGACGUGGAAAUCGCCCGACGGUUGUACCACGUUCAGUUGCGAAAAAUUAGGCGAACACUUCUCCAUUGUUACGCAGCAGGAAACUUGUCCUGCUAUCGAUGCGGCUUGUCCCAAGGAGAACCUUUACAUGGACGGUUGUUGUCAGUACUGCAACGCCACCCCGUCGGCUUUGACCCAAUGUUCGCCACAACCGAUACAAUUAGAAGACACCGUGGGCAUCCUCAAAGUGGGUACUUGCAGGAACAGCCGACCCAUAGCCAACUUCACCGAGUGCGUGGGCAGUUGCGAAUCGUCGACCACGUUCAACGUGUUCGCCGGUGAGCACGAGUCGCGGUGCUCGUGUUGCCGCGCCACCGCCUACGCCACCCUGUCGGUACGAUUGGACUGCGACGACGGUACCACCGCCGACAAGACGGUACGGGUGCCGGUGAAGUGCGGUUGCGGCGCGCAUGAGUGCCUCGCCGCCACCGAAUCGCCCUUGGACAAACCCGGCAAUAUGGUCAAGCAUACGUCGAAGAAGGGCAGGAGGUUCGUACGGGGUAUGAGUACCGGCGAGAGUGCCGUUUAGGUGAUUUUGGUGGAUUUAUAACGAGGAUAUGUAGAAAUGCGUUGUAUUUUUUUUAAAUGAAUAAAUAAAUUGGUUAAUGUU